AUGCAUUUCUCUUCCCUCACCCUCUUGACCCUUCUAUCCGCCCUUGCGGCCGCCAAACCCGGCAAGGUCGUCCUCUACGAUACCGCAGGCUGCACAGGCAAAGAGCUCUGGACUGGAGAAGUUGACCACGACCCCAUCUCUCCCUCCAACGACGAGAUCAACGCGGCCCGCUCCUUCAAGUACGAAGGCUACUUCUCGCUCCUUGUAGCCAAGAACCACCUCCUCAAUGACCACACCUGUGGAUACUGCAGCAACUACCACGAAGACCACUCUGGUGGUGGCUGCCAGGACAUCAACACUGGAUGGCCACUGAACGAGGGCCGCAUUGUGCCCGAGACGAACGAUCCCAGUGAUAUUCCUUGCCGGAACUAUUUGAUCAACUGUCCUUUCCCUGUGCCACCUGGCAAUGGACUCGAGGACCAAGGAGAAUAA